UCCAGGCCCACGGAGCGGUGAAUGUUGGAACCGGGGAGACGGUAUGAAUUGCAAAAAUCUCUGGGUCAGGGUCUGGAAGAUUGCAAUUUGUCAUGGUUGUAAAUCUGAAGCAUGCAAAAAUCCGUGUUGCAUGAGUGCCAAAAGCGGCACACUUUUGACCAAGGUGGAAGGGAGUUUCUCAUGCAGGAUACUAGGCAUGGCAGAGACCUCGCAGAUUCUGUCAUGCUAAGUCCCGCAUUCCAGGCCUCAUGGGUCAUGGAAAAUCUGCGUGACAAGUCUACACCUUUCCAGACCCAAGCACUUUUGCACUUGAUAGACAGACUUGGGGCUCCGCGCACUGGUGGACAAUCUGUGGGACGUCCGCAACAACGUGUCGCCCCACUUCGCGGAUUGUGUGGGCAGCUUCAACGCGAUGGUCAGGGAUCAGACCUGGGGAAAUGUUUGAGUUCUAAAGAGAAAACUACGGAGGUCGUACUGUAUUUCACAAACGACAAGUAGUAGGUGAUAUUCAUACCACGCAAAAACAGCUCCGAUUUCUUUUAUGUAGUGAGGUCAUAUUUUAGAAUUAGAACCACUCCCCACGACACAAUGCUUAUUGAUGUUGCUGUUUGGUCAAAUCAAGACUUAUUGUGUAGCGCAGGAGUAAAGUAAGUAUUUAGUGCUUGCUUAGCGAGGGAUUUCUUUGUUUUGUACCCAAGAAGUACAACAUGUUUUGCUAAACGAGGUGGGUUUUGUACCCAAGAAACACAAGGUGGUCUGGAUGACCUACUUAUAGAUAGUACGAUGUGUCUGAUUUUCAUUUUGGUGAAUGCGAAGGAGUGUUAUAUACAUCGCCAGCAGGACCCUAGUAGAGGAGAGAACAUCAUGAAAAGAAUUUGUACUCACAUCCUAUUAGUUGCACUUGAAUCCAAAUUAGCAGUUUCCCUGCCCGGAACGACGCUGGAGGCAAGCGUGUUCAAGCUCUUAUUGAUUUGUAUGCGAAAACAGUCUUAAUGUCAACACUGAACAGGAGAAUAGAUCUUGAUCUUGCUGUGCAAGCUCCUCCAAGAACACCACGACCCGCCGGCCAAAUCAGCACAGGCCAGGGUGACGUACAGAACAAAACCGACUCAGGCUCGGGGCCGGGUUUUCACGAUAAAAUAAAAUUGCUGGUCGAGAUCAGGAAACAGAGUGGUAGGAUCGAGAUAUAAUGAUCACGGCACCAGGACGAGAGACAACGCUAAAUAAGCGGGCCUCCAAGUAUUGCCUCUCCUGGUGCGAGCAUCAGCAUUUGUCGAUCGAGACGCUGCAAGAUCAAGAGAGAGGGAAGUAAAUAGUGGAUGCUCAUGAAGAACAAGUGCACGACGCAUGGUUCAAGAACAAAAGCGAAGAUCGUGAGAUCACAAUCCUUCCACUUGCGAAAUGAAGAUCUACCGCUCUGCAAUAAAAACGAGUAAAAAACAAUCACUGCAAUCUCACGCACUAUAUUUUUUUCUGGUGUGAAUGUGAUCUUACAGGAACUUUUGGAAAAGUGCUGUUGCUGCUAGUUUUGUACAAUAUUCUUCUCUUUCGACAGAAUUAUCUAUAUUGAACUGUUAUUAGAGAAGCAAUCCUGUUCCUCAGCGUCAAGAAAUAUUCAAAGAAGCUACUACGAUAAACCGAUUUUUCAUAUUUUUGUUUUGAGUGUGUACUUAAGUAAGUCUACGUCUAGUUUUGGAAUAGAGCUAAUAAAGAACCCAAGGCUUCUUCGAGUCAAACAGAUUUUGCACUGAAUUUGUGUCUACGUGAUUGGUACUUCUACCCAGCAGAAUCUUCAGAGAGCAACUACAAUUAUGACGCGUAGAGACCGCACAGUGCCCGCACCGUACCGUCACCAGGAGGGACGCAACGGGUAUGCGGCUGCGGCGGGUGAGCACGAGAGAGCCUUGACAGGGCAGCACGAAUUUCACCCCGAACAUAGAAGCUCCACGGAAGCCAAUGAUAGAAAUUGCUGCUCCAAAAAUAAACCGCUUAUCAUCACCCUGAUCGUGAUUGCCGCAGUCCUCGUUAUUGGUGCUGUUGUCGCGGUUGUGGUUGUUGUGGCGAACAACAACAAAAACUCGCCCGGCAAUGAGACUCACAACCCGGCACCAGCUCACGACCCUCCCGCGAUGCAGAACCGGGAGGACCUUGGGUCGUUGAAUGCGUUUCUCCAGGAAGAGAGCAAUCGUUUCCACGACCCGGUUGUGUUAUCCGAUGGGCAGACUUACGAAAAUCUGGCUGCCAGUAAGGUUUGCAACGUUUCCGUGCAGAGCCUGUACGAGGAGAAUGGUCAGGACCUCAGCUUGGAAAAGCUGAACCGGCCCUGCAGAAUCGCAGCAGACGAGCGGGGCGGCGAGAGGACUGUACUGCUAUCGGACGAUUGGCCGUUGGCUGAACUACCAGCGAACCUACCUCAGCGAAAAAAUGCAGCGGCGGCUCGAUCUUCGGCUUCGUUCCUGCAACUGCAGCAAGCGCAGGCGGAGCAACAGAGAAGCGACGAUGGUCGCGACGAAGUAGAGCCGGGUGACAACCAAGAAAAAAUGGUGGAGCGCCUUCCGAAGAUGUUUCCCAAUAAGCAACUGCGGGAGUUUUAUACCGUUUGGAACGACGCGGAAAACCACCCGAGUAGUUCCUACUUCCAAGACCCUAGUAACAACGUUCCGGAGAUGCUUCUGUGCCACACGAAAGACUACCAGACGGGCGCUGUGGGCACGGAAAGCAAGGGUCUGUGUCACUACCCGGCCACUGAUACAAACGGAAUUACUUGGAACAUUCGGGAAGUGUGGGUCUUGACAGAAGACCAGGUGCUGGGUGGAAGUGCGACUUAUUUCAAGAACGAAAAAUUGCAACGGUUGGUCAAUGUCUACGGGACGUUUCACAGCUUGCCUAUCCCGCAGCAGUUGAAUCCCGGAGAUGACCUCCCGCAGGGGCCCCCUGCGCCAACCGUGCCGGCUACGCCAACCGCGCCGGCUACGCCAACCGCGCCGGCUGCGCCAACCGUGCCGGCUACGCCAACCGCGCCGGCUACGCCAACCGCGCCGGCUACGCCAACCGCGCCGGCUACGCCAACCGCGCCGGCUACGCCAACCGUGCCGGCUACGCCAACCGUGCCGGCUACGCCAACCGCGCCGGCUACGCCAACCGCGCCGGCUACGCCAACCGCGCCGGCUACGCCAACCGCGCCGGCUACGCCAACCGCGCCGGCUGCGCCAACCGUGCCGGCUACGCCAACCGCGCCGGCUACGCCAACCGCACCGGCUACGCCAACCGCGCCGGCUACGCCAACCGCGCCGGCUACGCCAACCGCACCGGCUACGCCAACCGCACCGGCUACGCCAACCGCACCGGCUACGCCAACCGCACCGGCUACGCCAACCGCACCGGCUACGCCAACCGCACCGGCUACGCCAACCGCACCGGCUACGCCAACCGCACCGGCUACGCCAACCGCACCGGCUACGCCAACCGCACCGGCUACGCCAACCGCACCGGCUACGCCAACCGCACCGGCUACGCCAACCGCACCGGCUACGCCAACCGCACCGGCUACGCCAACCGCACCGGCUACGCCAACCGCACCGGCUACGCCAACCGCACCGGCUACGCCAACCGCACCGGCUACGCCAACCGCACCGGCUACGCCAACCGCACCGGCUACGCCAACCGCACCGGCUACGCCAACCGCACCGGCUACGCCAACCGCACCGGCUACGCCAACCGCACCGGCUACGCCAACCGCACCGGCUACGCCAACCGCACCGGCUACGCCAACCGCACCGGCUACGCCAACCGCACCGGCUACGCCAACCGCACCGCCUGCGCCGAAGGCGCUUGCUGCAGCAACUCACUUCGAGUUCGAUUUUGACCCCGCCUAUGCGCCAGAGGUUCUUGUCAAAGUGGUAGACACCGACUAUUUUAGUGAUCGGAGAGACGGGCAGCGGGUGCCAGGUUCCGGCGACGACACUUUUGGGAGCGCAAAUCUGCGCCAGCCGCUUGAAUUCCCGCAACCUGAUGGGUCGCCACCCCGGCGUCCGUGGGUACAGGGCUCUGGAGCGGCCGCCGAAUACAAGUUUGCUUUCCGCGCCCCCAUUCUUGCGACGUACUUUUCUCCCGCAGAGCCACUCGCCGGGGUCCAGUUUGUCUUUCACCUUCGUAGGGGCGGGGUGUGGAAUUUCUUUACCGUGCAGGUUCCCCGUAAACUGAUGGAUGACGCACAGCUAACCGCGCAGCUUCCCUUUCCAAUGGCGGACCGUGACCCGUUUACAAAUAGAGGUCGUGACAAAGUGUGCGUCAAGUAUCAGUCCCUUCAGUCCGACGGCUACCAUUCCGGAAACAAGGGCCCGGACAGGGCCUGGCACACUCCGGAAAACAGCUUGCGCGCAGGGCACCGCUACCGCGUCGUCAAGGCGGACCGACCCAUGCCGAAACAUCCGGGCGAGGCCGCUCCUGCCACUCCGCCCAACACAAACCAAGCGUCAGCCCGCAAAGCUAACUACGGCCAGGAUUGCAGUUGGGCCCACGACGGGUUGUGGUCUGGAGCUAUAUCCUGAAUAAAACUUUUAUCAUUACCCCGCCCGCAUCAGUGAGUCUCCACUUGCCACGCUCUAUAAUGGCGCUAUGGUAUCAUGCAUUAUGACAGAUCUACAUCUAUCGAGUUGCAAUUGCAUCAAUUAAACUUGAAGAUGAAGAUGGAGGGUGAGGUGAUUUUAUUCAGGAUGCCCGUGCAACGAGCCCGAUUUGCAGAACUUAUUGGAUACCAAUAAUUUACCGGAAGAUGGCCCAGAUACCUAUCCAAGAAAAAGACUGUGCAGUUUAUAUGUAAUAUCCUUCAACUGACGCUGACCGCAGCACAGAUUCCGAUUCUCUUCGCAUGACAGACAUGAAAAACUUGUCAUGCGCGGCUGGUACUGCGUGAAAUGGUAAUGGAAAACAGAAACACUCGUGAUCCGCGCUGCUGUGACAGCACGUUCACCCUGACAUCAAGUGUGGCUGCCUUUAUUAUCAUGUUAAUAUCCAUAGAGGAUGGUUUACACAGCUGAGCGCUUUUUUUUUCUUGGAUAGCAACACUCCACGGUCCAUCGUCGCGACGGAGUUGGACCUCCAGAUUCCGGGCGGCUGCGCUCUCGGAGACGGAACUCCGUGCAACACCGGCGACAACCUGAUUGCUAACGAUGUGACCCGCAUCCGCUCUACCAUCUGCCUCGUCGGCGUCACCGAGUGGAUGCUCCUGCGAGCGCAGCUGCACCAAAUUUUCCAGGCCCACGGAGCGGUGAAUGGAACCGGGGAAACGGAAUUGGGGCUCCGCGCAUUGACGGAGAACUUGCGUGAUGUUGGUACCAAUGUGUCGCCCCACUUCGCGGAUUGCGUGGGCAGCUUCAACGCGAUGGUCAGGGAUCAGGAGUGGGGGAACGUUUGAGUAGUAUAUUGAAAAGCAAAACUAAAAAUAUCUUGGCGGUAUGUUUUUAACAAGACGUAGCACAUCCACAGGGCACAACAACUUCAACUCCUAUCGCUUUGUUUUCCUAAAAACGAAAAGGGGGUCUGGACGACCUACCUGUAUAGCGGGCCCUCCGACUCGAUUGAGCUAGAGUUGGGAAGUGCGGCGAGUAGUUCUUUUCGGCGCAGGAGUUUUACUUGUUUUGAAAGUGAGAAUGGGCGGUACAGUUUUGGGUCAGAGUCACUCCACUACAGCAUGUACUUUUCUACUAUCAAGUUUCUUCGUGUAUAGUUAUCAAGGUUCUUCGUGUAUAAUUCUUUAGUUUUACAACUCAUUUAUAAUUGCUCCAGUCAGUUGUUGGGUAAGGCACUCAACGAUUCAACAUUCAUAAGUUUGCCCAUUGCCACGCACCCCUAGCGCGUCGUCUUCUCUGAGUCGAGUUUUGAACUCCCUGGACUACUAACCCUUGUGUUAUUUGAUUGUUGUCAAGAUAGAACAACACCACAAACACCUGGAGAACUCUUGCGCCCGCCCGUCCCCGUGGAAAAUUUACUAGAAAGGAUGUACUUUAAUAGCAUGGAAAAGUUAAUCGCGGAAAAUUUAAUCGCUACGCUUGGAAAAUGGAAAAAAUCGCUACAACAUACUACAUCCAGCAUAACUACUGUAUAAUCAUCUGAAAAAAAAAUACUAUGCCACCGCAAUCACAGGGGUGGUGAGAAGAUGAGAGCAAAGCUGCGUCACGUCGUGUACAAUCGAGCAGUAUUAUAGUAGACAGACAGUACUACACAUACAUCUUGAUCUUCAUAGUAGACAUGAAACAUACAUAGUGGCGCACAAUCAGAAAACUACUCAUGAUGUAAAGCACAACAUACCAAUUGUUCGGAAAUCCGAAUGAUCGAGAGAGCGUAUGCACCAUUAUACAUAGACACGGAAUGAAAUAAAGUCUCGACCUCCCGCAUUUGACCCGGAAUGAAAUAAAGUCUUGUUUUGAAAAAAGUAAAAUUUUUAUGGUUUCUUUUCCUCGUCCCCGCUCGGGUCCAUUAUGUUGGCGAAAAUUGUUUUUGUUGCUUGAUGUUCGGAACAACUACGACAAGAUCCGCUGUCAAACUGAAAGUGAGCUGGAAGCUCCAGAUGAAAAAACGGAUUACAUAUCAACAAAGGCAAAAAGCACAACACGACCAGGGGUUGUGCAACUGUCGAAAAGUCCAGAAGUCCUCCUCGUAGUGCAGCCACGAUGCAGGAAGAACACAAGAUCAUAACAGCGAUCGUCGAUCUGAAGCGGAUAAAGAGAGGUCAGCGCCGUCGUGAAGAUCUAUUGAAAUGAUAACAUAUCAAAAAAGAAACCGAAGCACAAGUAGAGCAUAAAGAAGUACUGGGCUAGCGAAAAUGUAGAUGUGCCGCGAUUUCGAUGACGAUCCCAUAACCAUAGAUAUGAUCAAAGUAAGCUUUUACGCAUUUAAUAUGUUUGUAAAUUUAUGAAAAUUGUCCACCCGUCGUGGUCCGAGUGCGUUUGGAAAAAAAAACUGAAUCUUGAUUUUUUCGGCCGAGGACGUUGCUGUGCCUGUGUCUACUACAUGAUAAAUCUCAUCUUGUGUGCAGGGGUUCUUGUUCCUAAGUACACCUACCUUCUCCUGACCGCUUUGUUGUAUUUGCCAUUCUGUAGAAGUACAACUCUCUAGAACUGUAGUACCUUCAUCAAUUUUUUUCACCAUUUCCAAAAAAAAAAACUACAAACCGACAUCAUCAUCAUCAAGAAUGUCGUCUCACAACACCACUAUUGACCGUCGUGCGGCGGGGAUCGCUGCACCUCCGCCGCCUAGCCGGCAGCUGCAGGAGCACGACCAAGGGUCGUACUAUUUUCGUCAUGCUGACAAAAUUGCUGCUGGGGGCGAAGGAGAUGCUUUUUUGGAUAACGAGCCUGAACUCGAAGUCCAAGAAGAGGAAGCUCCUGUCUCGAAGAAAAAAUCUUCUUGCUCGAUGAAUAAACCGCUGGUGAUCACCCUGAUCGUGCUCGCCGCAGUCGUCAUUAUCGGUGUGGUCAUCGCGGUUGUGGUUGUUAUGGUGAACAACAGUAAUGACGAAGUUCAACCAGAAAAUGAUCCCCCCGCGAUGCAGAACCGGGAGGACCUCGGGUCGCUUAAUGCGUUUCUCCAGGACGAGAGCAAUCGUUUCCACGAACCGGUUGUGUUAUCCGAUGGGCAAACGUACGAAAAUAAGAAGGCGGAAAAGCUGUGCGACGUCGAGCUGCAGAGUUUGCGCGAUGAGAGUGGCGAGCUGAAUCUGGAGAAACUCAACCGCUGCACGAUUGGGGGGGAUGAUCAUGACGGAGGUCAACCUGACGGCCCCGAAAGUAUGGCAGGGAAAGCAUUUAACUGUCUCAGCCUUAUUUUCACAGAUCGAAAUCGACUCAGCAACACAAGAAAGGGUCGUGUUUCGAUUUCGAAUUUUUCAAACAGCUGCAACAGGUAGAGGCACGAGCACGACGUAUGAAGAGUAAGUACUACGACCACCCGAGGCCUUCUAGUUGCAUCUCCAACAUAAUAACUAGAAAAAAAGAAAAGCCGCUGCACCAUAGAAGGACGAGUUCCUGCGCAAAUAUAGAAGUUUGAAAAAACCUGAGACAGUUUUAUUUCCUCUCGAUAGACGGGAGAAUUGCUCUUUGGCCGGUGGACAUGGACCAGAUACCGCACAGAAGUGCAGCAGCUGCGGUGGUGCAACAUCAGGAAACGAAGGUAGAAGGAGCCACUGCUUCGUUUCUUCCCCGAGUGCGCCAGCAUAAAGAGGAUCACGAGCCGACUGCGGCGCGGGACCAACAUCAAGACGAAGAUGCUAGCACAGAGAAAACGGUAGUGAAACGGGUCCCGAAGAUGUUUCCCAAUCACAACCUACAAGCCUUUUACACUGCCUGGAACGACGCCGAGGGGCAUCCCAGUACUCACUUCCAAGACUCAAACAACAUUCCCGAGGUGCUUCUGUGUGAGACGAAGCACCUCGAGACCGGCUUUGUGGUCGCGAACAGCAAGGCUUUGUGCAGAUACCCGGCGAUCGACACUGAGGGAAGGACGUGGAACAUGCCGGAAGUCUGGUUGUUGACGGAAGAGGAGCAGGAGCUGCUAGCUAAAAAUACUAGUCCGGUUUAUUUCAUGAACGAAACGCUGCAACAGUUGGCGAAUGCCUACAGGACCUUCCACAACAUGGCCGUGCCCCCGACGCAGCCUGUCCCUAGAGAGGAUAUUCCUGUGCUGCCUCUUGUUCCUUCCCCGUUCCCCCGGCCGGGCGGCGAUGGAAACAAUGGGGGCACUAAUGGUGCUGCUGGUGGUGUGGCGAAUAUCACUCCUAGUGGUGGCGUCCACGCCGCUGCCCCCGGAGGUGCUAACGGUGGUACUGGUGGUGUGGCGAAUAUCACUCCUAGUGGUGGCGUCCACGUCGCUGCCCCCGGAGGUGCUACCGGUGGUGCUGGUGUGGUGAAUAUCAAUCCUAGUGGUGGCGUCCACGUCGCUGCCCCCGGAGGUGCUACCGGUGGUGCUGGUGUGGUGAAUAUCACUCCUAGUGGUGGCGUCCACGUCGCUCCUCCCCCCGGAGGUGCUAACGGUGGUGCUGGUGCCGUGCAUGUCAAUCCUGGGAAUAUCCAUUUUGGGAACGGAGGACAUAUGCCUUCGCCUGUUCAUGGAGGCACUAUUGGAGGCGCUUUUGGAGGUGCUUUUCGUUAAGAAAUUUACCACGCAUGUUGAUGAAGAGAUGAACCCAUAGAAGAUGAUAUAGGAACCACAACUAGUACUAGAUCAGCUUGCGCUUCUAUCGCAGCAUUUCUUCUACCAAGAUUGCUGCUAUUACUAUUUCACUGCCACAUUUUUAUAUCGGCCCGACACGACGACGCCGUCGUGAGUGGGAUGCUUUGCAAAUCGUUAGAAGAUUUCAGAACUUUUUGGCUUAGACGAAACCAACUCCAGACUCAAGUACUGCAUCUAAAUAAUUCUUUCAGGGUCUAUUUUGAUUUUCGAGAGUGUUUUCAAAAGUUGUACUGUUGUGUCUUGCGACGUGUAUGAUUUUAUUUUAGACAGCAGCAAAUCAGUGCUAUGCCUGUCUGUGCCUCUUCAUUCUAAUAGGUGCAGGAAAAUCAGGAUAUCACAGGGGCCGCGGGCGGUUCCGCUCCAAUGAAUCAGAAGCAGUACAUGUACAGCUAAGUAAGUGAUAUCUCCAGGCCGGGACAAAACCAACAUGAUGAAAAGGAGGACUGUGAUGCACUUGAUUUAAGUACUAGAAUCGCAAUCGAAAGGAAAGACGUAGUUUGUGCCCAAGACAGCGAAGAGCGCGUUCUUCAUGUUUGUGCGUUAUGUAACAUGGUUGAAUGCGCCUCAUAGCUACCGCAGCCACCGAUUAUGUAUCUGUAUACCGUUCUGAAAGGAGAGAUUAUUUACAACUGUUUUGGAUGUAUGAUGAUCUUAUUGUUGCAACUGUUUUGGAUGUAUUGCAGCUGUAUGAUGUAUGGAUGAUCUUAUUUUAUUUGAAACAUUGCUGUGCACUUAAAUCUUUUCUAAGUGUUGGACAAGAAGUAACGCUAUCGGCCGGGGAGACUAAGUCAGCCGAUGAUUAUUGUGAUGCUUCGCUACAAAGUCGCACCCUGCGGUGAGACGUUUUGAGCAAGCUCUCAGCUUUGGACAACAAACAUCCCUGCAGUAGGGAUUUCGUGGUGGUGGUCUACGAGAAAACAAUCUCGAAGUACGAUGUUUCUGAUUUUGGUGAAUGCGAAGGAGUGUUGUAUACAUGGCAUAGACAGUUCAGCAGGACCCUAUUGUUUUGAAGAAGAGGAAAGAACAUCAUGAAAAGAAUUUGUACUCACUACAUCCUAUUAGUUGCACUUGAAUCCAAAUUAGCAGUUUCCCUGCCCGGAAUGACGCUGGAGGCAAGCGUGUUCAAGUUCUUAUCGGUUUGUAUGCGGAAACAGUCUUAAUGCCAGCACUAAACAGGAGAAUAGAUCUUGAUCUUGCUGCGCAAGGUCCUCCAAGAACACGACCGAUCACAAUUGGUCCGCUUCCGGGAUCAAAACCUACCGCUUUGCAAGAAUAAACGAGUGAAAAACAACGAUCACUGCAAUUCCACGCACUGUUUUUUUUUCCUACCGGUGUGAAUGUGAUUUUAGUUUUUACAGGAAUUGAUGGAAAAGUGCUGUUGCUGCUAGUUAGUUUUGUUGUACAAUAUGUUUUAUUGAUUUUUUUCUUUAUCUACUUUCUACGUGAGUCUGUAUUAGAGAAGCCAUCCUGUUCCUCUGCGUCGAGAAACAAGAAGCUGCUACGAUAAACCGAUUUUUCAUAUUUGUGUUUUGAGUGUGUAGAAGGUCUAGUUUUAUUGGAAUAUUAGAGCUAAUAAAGAACAAUCCAAGGCUUCGAGUCGAAUGGAUUUUGCACUGAGUUUGUGUCUACGUGAUUGGUACUACCACGCAGAAUCUACUUCACAGAGCAAGUACAAUUAUGACGCGUAGAGACCUCACAGUCACCGCGCCGCACCGUCUCCAGGAGGGACGCAGCGGGUAUGGUGUGGCUGCGGCGGGUGAAGAGGGCGAGAGGGCCUUGACAGGGCAGCAGGAAUUUGAACCCGAAAAUAGAAGCUCAACGGAAGCCAAGAAUGGAAAUUGCUGGUCCAAAAAUAGACCGCUUAUCAUCAGCCUGAUCGUGAUUGCCGCAGGCCUCGUUAUCGGUGCUGUUGUCGCGGUUUUCUUUAUGUUUCUACGUCUACUUGAGUCUGUUAUUAGAGAAGCCCUCCUGUUCCUUUGCGUCGAAAAAUAUUUACAGAAACUGCUACGAUAAACCGAUAUUUCAUAUUUAUGCUUUGUGUGUGUAGAAGAAGGUCUAGCUUUGACUUGCAGCUGGUCGACACAAGUUCCACCAGGAAUAACUUAGUAGCUUACCUCUUUUCACGAAACAAAAUCAACCUUUCUCGCAGAUAUAGACUUCACUUUUUCAGAAACAACAGCUCCUACGUUGAAGAAACUUUUACUUUUUCAACAACUUCGAGUUUUUAGUAACUUUCGAAAAGCCUCUCUCUAGUGACGAAAAAUAGCUCUCCUGUAUCUUUUUCUCAGGCUUACGAGGCCAAAGCUGUAGCCACCUAGUAUUUUUCUUGAACUAACAGUAGCAUCGUGAGAGGAAGGUAAAACCUUCACACGGAAACCACGACUCCAGCACUAACAAACGAACAAACAAACAAACAAGCUCUAGUUUUGGAAUAGAGCUAAGAAAGAAUCCAAGGCUUCGAGUCGAACAGAUUUUACACUGAGUUUGUGUCUACGUGAUAGAUUGGCACUACCCCGCAGAAGCUAAUUUCACAGAGCAAUUACAAUUACGACACGUAGAGACCUCACAGUAGCCGCGCCGUACCGUCACCAGGAGGGACGCAGCGGGUGUGGUUUUGUACCCAAGAAGUACAGCAUGCUUUGCUAAACGAGGUGGGUUUUGUACCCAAGAAGCACAAGGUGGUCUGGAUGACCUACUUAUAGAUAGUACGAUGUGUCUGAUUUUGGUGAAUGCGAAGGAGUGUUGUAUACAUGGCAUAGACAGUUCAGCAGGACCCUAUUGUUUUGACGAAGAGGAAAGAACAUCGUGAAAAGAAUUUGUACUCACAUCCUAUUAGUUACACUUCGAUCCACUGCCCGGAACGACGCUGGAGGCAAGCGUGUUCAAGCUCUUAUCGAUUUGUAUGCGAAAACAGUCUUAAUGCCAACACUAAACAGGAGAGUAGAUCUCCUCCAAGUAGAACACGACCCUCCGGGGCUGCUCCUCCAAG